AUGUUUAUGAAAAUAAUUAUUCUUGGCUGUGUUUUAUUUUGUGUGGUAUCGGCACAAAUUGAACAAAGCGAAUCAGAAUCCGAUCCAAUGAUGGUGGCCGAAACGGCCGCAGCAGGUGUAGGUAAAGCUGGUGUUGCUGGAGCCAAAGCAGGCUUUAAAAAAGGUGGUGCUGCUGGAAUAAAAGCUGGUAAAGCUGGAUUUGCAAUUGGUGGUGUUAAAGGAGGAAAAAAAGGUGCAUUCGCUGCUGGUGCUGCCGGAGGAGCGGCUGGUUUUAAGAAAGGUGGAAAAGCAGGUGCUGCCGGUGCAGUGGGUGGAAAAUUCGCCAAAUUCGGUAAAAAAGGUGUAUUCAAAAAAGUUGCUGGCGCUGGUUUCAACAAAAAAUUCGGUACUAUCAAAACCUUUGGGAUGGCACAAGGAUUUAAAUUUGGUAAAGUUGGUGGUGCAUUUGCUGCCGGUGGAAUGGCUGGUGCUUUUGGUAAAAAAGGCAAAAAAUUUGCUGCCGGAGGUGUGGCUGCUGGCAAAAAAGGUGGCAAAAAAUUCAAAAAAGGUUUUGCUGCAGCUGGUGGUGCUAAAGGUGGUAAAAAAUUCUUUGCUGGUGGCAAAGCUGGUUUCAAAAAAGGAGCUGCAGCCGGUGCAAAGGCUGCAUUCAAAAAAGGUGGUGUAGGCAAAAAAGUGGUCAAAGGUUAA